AUGGCGCAGGGAAAAUUGAAUGAGGAAAUUCAAGUAGAUAUUACACGCUUAUUUGGGGAUGAUGACAACGACAGAGCGAAUCCUCUCCAUGACAUAGCAUUGCGCCUUAAACGAGCAAUCAUAACGGUAUCGAACAAGGCAUUGCAGGACGGGGCAGCGGAAGUCAACAACGCAGUGCAGGGCGUAACACAAGAUGCAGCACAGACAGCAAUGCAAGAGCAGGAAGCAAUACAGGAAGCAGCGCAGGAGCUAGGCCAGGAGGCCGCUCAGGAGGUCACGCAGCAGGCAGGAGGGGGUUUAGCACUGCAGACGGUUGAGCAGCUAGUCCAGUAUGUGGUGGUGAGAAACUCAGUAGAGAAGAUCUGGAUGGCGGCAAUGGAACCAGCCGCCUAUGGAGGAGAAGGACCAGACGCAGUGGUGAUGUUCCUGAAAGUGAUGUUGGACAUCAAAACGGCGCGACAUACAGCAUCACAGUACAUGAAAGAUGAAACUCAUUCUGAAGUGAAAGCAGUGGAGGAUGCGAAAGACACCGCGCGGAAGCCAUUCCCAGGGUCAGCCGAGGACGCAGCAUCAAAAGCCAGGGUGGCAGCAGCAGAGAUUACAGAGGCAGUACGGCGGCUUAAGACAGUGUGGCAGAUGCAGCUGAAGCUGCAGAUGACCUCCAAGUUGAAUGAUAUGGUCGCGGUGUAUAUACCGGGGAAGAGGCCGGAGUGGGAGAUUGAGGAUGUGGAGGGAAUGGAUCCCUCGCUGGCUGCGAUUAUUGGGGUGCUUCUGGCUGCUACGCUGUACCAGAGCAGUGUUAAAGGAAAGCCACCCGAGUCCUUUGGCGAAGGAGAUUCUGCGGUUGGUACAAGUGAGAAGGCUUCUUUGAUCUGA